AUGGGCAGUAGACUGAUGGGCAGUAGACUGAUGGGCUGUAGACUGAUGGGCUGUAGACUGAUAGGCAGUAGACUGAUGGGCAGUAGACUGAUGGGCUGUAGACUGAUGGGCAGUAGACUGAUGGGCUGUAGACUGAUGGGCAGUAGACUGAUGGGCAGUAGACUGAUGGGCAGUAGACUGAUAGGCAGUAGACUGAUGGGCUGUAGACUGAUGGGCAGUAAACUGAUGGGCAGUAGACUGAUGGGCUGUAGACUGAUGAGCAGUAGACUGAUAGGCAGUAGACUGAUGGGCUGUAGACUGAUGGGCAGUAGACUGAUGGGCUGUAGACUGAUGGGCAGUAGACUGAUGGGCAGUAGACUGAUGCCUUGUAUGUAUCACAUAGUUCAGGCGUAA